AUGGCUAAUGCCACUUAUCCAUUAGAAUACUUGAGGGACUUUCAAUUUCUUGUUGGAAAUUACAGUUUCCUUAGGAUUGUCAGAGACUCCAGUGAUUAUUCUUUAUAUCAAAGUUCUCGUCUGCUUUUUGAGAAUGAUGAUUUUGAUGAUUAUUACCCAACUAUUGAGAAGCAGAUGAGUCAGAUGGCUGUUCCAGUGAUGGACAGCUACCAGAUACUUGGUCUCGAGGAAAUUAAUUUGCUUCCUUCGGAAUCACCAUUUAGUCUACAGGUGUCUUUAGAUACCAAACAGCAAAUGAACCUGCAGAGUAUAUCUGAUUCCGGUCUUAGUUCUAAACUACAGCAGCUACCCAUUAGUUCGUUGGAGUUUGAUAAUGCUAAAUCGGCUGACUACUUUAUCAGUGCUUUAGGCACUGGGUUUCAAGAGAUCAAGAGAUCCCUCCCAGUCUUAAAAAAGCUAUCACUAUCUGUUUCCAGUCUUCGUUCUCUUCAAGCCUUUAGUAACGUGAUUGAUUUUCCAUUAUUGGAACACUUUGAACUCAAACUCAGCAGAUCUACUUUUAAUAUAGAGGACGAACACCUAAACCUGGCAUCAUUACCCUUCUGGAAUACGGCUCUUUCGGAAAACAUACUGAGUUUAUCUUUAGUGAAUCUCAAUUACACUAAUCUUCUAACCAAUUUCUCUAUUGGAAGCACAAGUGUUUUCAAAGAAGUCAACUUAUUUUAUACACUUUUGCUGCAUUGCAAGAUCUUCAACGACCCGGAUGCUUCUCGGAAUGUCACCUACGUCAAUUUCUGCCUGAACAGUUUUGCAGCAUUACCAGAAUUCAGUAUGAACCCGGCAGAUUACAAGUCUGCUUUUAUUGUUGAUGAUUAUUACUUGAAGAGCAAAUCUCGUAUUUUUAAGAAGUUGUUCAACUUUUACAACUGUGAAACUUUAAUUAUUCCAGACUAUUUCUUCAACUGGAAGCCUUUCAUCAAGCUUCAGACAUCAUCACCUGAUAAGGGUGAAUUCUGUGUUGCUAAUUCAAUUCUUGAUAAUACGGAUUACUUAUUUGGCUAUUGCAAUUGUCCCUCUUGCGUUUCUGCUAGGAAGAUUCUUUUAAGGAAGACUGAAGAGGAGGGAGCGAUGGGGCAAACUCAAACCUUCUACAACUUCAUUGUGCUUCUACUUUUUGGAAGGAUUCCUAAUAUGGAAUGUAGGUCCCAACUAAACUUUUUUAGCAAUACCCUUCAAGACUCGGUUGAGAUUCUUGGAUCUGGAUAUAUGAAGUCUGACUUAGCCCAAGUUUUCCAUUUAAUUCUAGACAACUUGGUGCCUGAUCUUCGAGUGUUCAUCACGAGGCUGCCUAGACUACACGAGCUUUGUCUAGGUGGUUUCCUGUUCGAUAUUGAUAGGUCCGGAACAAACAGCGUAUCAAUCUCUGCACCACAAGAAAAUUGGUCUGUCAGAAUUUGA